AUGUCGCUGUGGAUUCAUCAUCAGAUCGACGCAUCCGUUCCUCGCCCAUUUAUGGACGAGGAAUUCCACGUGGAUCAAACAAAGCAUUACUGCUCGAACGACUUUGGCUACUGGAACCCGAAGAUCACCACCCCUCCGGGAUUGUAUUUGGUUUCUUAUGCCUUGCUGCGUUUGAUAAGCAGUAUCACAAAUUUGCCAACAGUCUAUUUGUGCACUGUUUCGGUACUUAGAUUACUGAAUAUCGGAUUAGCCGGCUUGUUGUAUUUGACAAUUGUGGCUUUGCAACGAUCGAUCAAUCAUCAGUUGUCCGCCAAGGACAGCGACAGGGUUUUACUGACGGCUGCGAACGUUUGCAUGUUUCCCAUUCUGUACUUCUUCAUUUUUCUUUAUUAUACCGAUCUUCUGUCUACCUUAUCGGUGUUGGUCAUGUACCUGCUGCUGCUAUAUGACCGGAUUUGCCUCAGUGCCAUGACCGGUGGUUUGGCUUGCACGAUGCGCCAAACGAACAUAAUUUGGUGUGCCUUCUGCUGCGGUAUUACCUUAGUAGACAGGUUCAACCAGAGGCUUAAAGGUCUAUCACGUUUGGAACGCGAAUCGCAGCCGACUAAUGGAGACUGGUUGAAGAUGAUCAGGACAGCAGGAUUCGGCGACGUGGCAGAAGCAUUUCUCAGAUCUGUGAUGGAGUUCGUUCCGUUCAUGGCGCUUGGCCUCGCUUUCAGUGUCUUCGUCCUCUGGAAUCAUGGUAUCGUGUUGGGAGACAAAGGCGCACAUCAACCCUGCUUUCACGCCGUCCAACUCUUUUACUGCGUAAUGUUUCUGGUCAUCUUUGCAUUUCCUGUCCUCUUCUUGCCUCGUCAUUUCUUCAGUUGCUUGCAGCACAUCGUGCGGCAUCCGGGAGCCUACGCAUUGCUCUGCUGUGGAAUUGCGCUGGCAGUUUAUGCAUGCACGUUCGAGCAUCCCUACCUUCUGGCCGAUAAUCGUCAUCUCACGUUCUAUGUCUGGAGAAAAUGGUUCAAGCGAUACGUCGCUGCUCGAUACCUGCUUAUCCCGCUGUACGUCUAUGGAUUUCACGCUGUGUGGAUGUCGCUGUCUCGUCAGAACAGCUUUUGGCGCUCGGCUUACUUCGUAGCCGUCGCUCUGGUCACCGUACCUAACCGACUGCUUGAAUUACGUUACUUUAUAAUGCCGUACGUAUUUUGGCGUCUUCACGUGCCCAUUCUGUCCAAAAAACGACUGGUUGUGGAACUGCUGUUUUACACAGUUGUAAACGCAGGCGUGAUUUGUCUGUUCUUGUUCAGAACGUUCAAGUGGGUCGGAAACGACGACACUCAACGAAUCAUGUUUUAA